AUGCUGAUCGGAAUCUGCGGUGGUAUUUGCGCUGGAAAGCAAUCCGUGCUGCAAUAUCUGGUUCAACAACAUGACUUUCAGGUGUUGACGCUCGUCCGGGACGCAGCAACACCGAGCGUAGAGAAAUCUGCCUCAGAAACCAACGUACCGGAACCGAAUAAAGAAUACGGAACAACGUUCUCGAGUAUCACGGAGUUACUUGACUACGCUACCAAAAGCUGGCAGAGCAAUUUCGUCACCACAUCAAUCCAUAACGGCAGCGUGGUCGAUGCCCUCUCCCGCAGACCAUUCUUCAUUUUGGUCCACGUUGACGCACCCAUAUCCCUCCGAUGGGAACGAUUCCGCAGGAGAUGCGUUGACGCCGAGUUGCCUCCGCCGACCCUCGAACAGUUUGUGCUUCGCAAUGACGAGCACCUCUAUUCUGCCUCCUCUGGGCUGGUAUCGGUAGCAUCGCAGGCUCAGAUCAAGCUCAUAAAUUCCAGUACAACCAUCAAGCAACUAUGGUCUACACUGGAUGCGCUGGACCUUACAGACCAGAGUAGGCUGCGACCAACAUGGGAUCACUAUUUCAUGACUUUAGCGUCGCUCGCUGCGCGUCGCAGUAAUUGUAUGCGGAGACAGGUAGGCUGUGUGCUAGUGCGAGAGAAGCGAGUCAUGUCCACGGGCUACAAUGGAACUCCUCGAAACAUUACGAAUUGCAACGAAGGCGGCUGUCCCCGAUGCAAUGGCCGAGGUGCGCAAGGAGUGUCUGCAGGCGGUUCGGAUCUGAGCGCUUGCCUGUGCCUCCACGCAGAAGAAAACGCUCUACUCGAAGCUGGGCGGGAGCGCGUGGGUGAUGGAGCAGUUCUAUACUGCAAUACAUGUCCCUGCUUAACGUGCACCAUCAAAAUAGUGCAAGUCGGCAUCACGGAAGUAGUGUUCAGCCAGAGCUAUUACAUGGAUGACGCAGCGGCAAGGAUAUUCGCCGAAGCUGGCGUCAAAUUGAGACAAUUCUCGCCUCCCAAGGAAGGGUUGAUAUACCUCACCGAGAAGGACACUGCGUUCCUGCAACAAGGUUGA